AUGGGAGGCACGAAAAAACGACGGGACACCACUCCGUCUGUAGCCUCGAUGUUUCGCGGCAAGGAAGACGGGCGUCCAUCUUUGUCACAAGGCCUCACUGCAACCGGCUCUGAGUCCGAAGAUUCCGACUCCGCAGAGCCGCAGCCUGCACCCUUCACGAAAGAAGACCUGAGGAAGCUGCUCAGAGAGACGUCCGACGAUAUAAAAGCCUAUACAACAGCUGCCCUGGAACAGCAACUUGCAAGCCUGCGCUCUGACAUAGAGGCCUUAGCCUCACGUACCAGCCAUGCUGAAACUCAGCUAGCAGAUACACAGGCCACGACUAAG